GACGUCAUCGCCGGCAGACAUAUUCGUUUGAUUUUCUAAAUCUUCCGACAUUUUGACAUUUGUUCUCCGGUUCUUAGUGUGUUUUAUCGUAUAAGAAUUUAAUUCGAAGCACUUUUUGUCAGCAUGGAUGAAGAAUACGAUGCAAUUGUUUUGGGCACCGGCCUAAAAGAGUGCAUUCUUAGUGGUAUGCUCUCCGUGUCUGGAAAAAAGGUUCUACACAUUGAUCGUAACAAGUAUUACGGUGGUGAAUCUGCGUCAAUUACCCCGUUAGAAGAAUUAUUCGCAAAGUUCAACGCGCCGGCACCGGAUGAAACGUAUGGUCGAGGCCGUGACUGGAAUGUUGAUUUAAUACCCAAAUUUUUAAUGGCGAAUGGACUCCUUGUAAAACUACUGAUCCAUACGGGCGUUACCCGGUAUUUGGAGUUCAAGUCUGUCGAAGGUAGCUAUGUGUACAAAGGUGGUAAAAUAUCCAAAGUACCCGUUGAUCAAAAGGAGGCCCUUGCAUCUGAUCUAAUGGGAAUGUUUGAGAAGAGGCGGUUCCGAAACUUUUUGAUUUAUGUGCAAGACUUCCAAGAAGAAGAUUCUAAGACAUGGAAGGAUUUAGAUCCGAGCACAGCCAACAUGCAAUCCCUCUAUGACAAAUUUGGGCUUGACAAAAACACUCAAGAUUUUACCGGUCAUGCUUUGGCACUUUAUCUAGAUGAUAGCUACCUCCAGCAGCCCGCUAUUCAAACAAUUCGUCGUAUCAAGUUAUAUUCCGAUUCUCUUGCCCGAUAUGGUAAGUCACCAUACUUGUACCCAAUGUAUGGCUUGGGUGAGUUGCCUCAAGGUUUUGCCCGACUCUCAGCCAUCUAUGGGGGUACCUACAUGUUAGAUAAGCCCAUUGACGAGAUUGUUCUUGAUGAGGUUGGAAGGGCUGUAGGUGUACGUUCUGGAACUGAAGUGGCUAGAUGCAAACAGGUCUAUUGUGACCCUAGCUAUGUUCCUGAAAGAGUUCAUAAGAAGGGAAAAGUCAUUCGUUGUAUUUGUUUGUUAGAUCAUCCUAUUACCAACACUAAAGAUGCUCUGUCUACCCAGAUUAUCAUCCCGCAAAAGCAAGUUGGAAGAAAUUCUGAUAUCUAUGUAUCUCUGGUGUCCUAUACUCACCAAGUUGCCGCCAAGGGCUGGUUCAUUGCUAUGGUGUCUACCACCAUUGAGACUAAUGACCCAGAGACUGAAAUUAGACCUGGAUUGGAACUCUUGGGACCCAUCAGGCAAAAGUUUAUUUCAGUGUCAGACUACUAUGAACCUACAGAUGAUGGCAGCCAAAGUCAAAUCUUCAUCUCUGAAUCAUAUGAUGCGACUACACACUUUGAAACAACUUGCUUAGAUGUUCUUAAAAUUUACAAAAGGGGCACUGGUGAAGAUUUUGAUUUCUCCAAAGUAAAACUGGAACUGGGAGAGGAAGAACAGUAAAUAUUGCCGUAUUAUAUAUAUAUUGCUUGUUAAUUUUGAAUAUUUGUUUAUAUACUGGCUAAAGUAAUUAAUAAAUGUUCAUUAGGGAUUAUGGGAAAAAAAAUUAUAAGCUUCGAUAAGUUGCUGUAGAGAUGUUUGAGCAGUGCUCCUCCAUUUGUUACUCCCAGCUGUUUUAUUUUACUGAACAAUAAUCAAAAAGUAUAAGGAUUGUUAUUUAUAAGAUUUAUUCAACAUUUAAGGUUGCUUUUAUAUAUAAUUUAAGAAAUAUGAGGCAUGUAAUGAUCUGCACAAGUAGUUAUGUGCAUUGGUAAUGCAUUCCAUUCCGAUACUUUUUCAUCAUGUAUCCAUAUCAUAUUUGAUAACAUGUCAAUGUAUGAAUGCUCAUUAUAAAACUAAAUGUUCUGUGUAAGAUCAUAUUAAAUA